AACGACGCAUCUUCACCUGGAGUUUUACCUUCCCUAUGAAAUAAAAUUUUGUUUUACGUAAGUGACUUUUGUGCUAUUUCAGAGUAUGGACGUGACUGUUUAGAUGUGCUUCAUAAAGGGAACACUGAAGAUGGUGUGUAUGGCAUCAACCCAGAUGGAAAUGACGUCAUUUCCGUGUUUUGUGACCAGCAAACCAAUGGAGGCGGCUGGAUCGUCCUGCAACGGAGAUUAGACGGCUCUGUGGACUUCUACCGCGACUGGAAUAGUUACAAAAGAGGCUUUGGAGACUUAGCGUCAGAGUUUUGGCUGGGAAAUGACAACAUCCAUAAAAUUACCGCAAAAGAUUCGCAACUCUUGAUAGAACUUACGGACUUUGAUAAUCUAACAGCGCAUGCGUCCUAUGACUUUUUUCAUGUGGCAACAGAAACCGAAAAGUAUGUAGUGCAACUUGCAGGUUUCUCUGGAACAGCAGGAGAUUCCAUGUCUUAUCACAACGGGAUGAUGUUUAGCACAAAGGAACAAGAUAACGACUUCCACGGAAGUGAAUUCUGUGCACAGCGAUUUACAGCAGCGUGGUGGUACAACAAGUGUCACUAUUCACAUUUAAAUGGCCAAUAUGGUGAUAGUGCUCAUGGCAAGGGUAUCAACUGGAAAACGUGGAGGGGACAUGAAUAUUCUCUCAAGGAAUCCGUGAUGAAAGUAAAGCCACUUCGAGAACGUGACUGGUCUUAUGAGCUGAUUUUCAGUGGUGAGUCAUUUGACGUCAUACUCCUUCCUCGAAUAACUGACCUCAAGGACUUUACAGCUUGCUGGUGGCUUAAGACGGAAUUACCAACAGGGUGGUCAACAAUUUUCUCAUUUCAGAAUAAUGAAAAUGAAAGUCUGGUAAGCUUUUCCUUCCACGAAAACGGGAGCUACUCAUUUCACAUACACAAUGAUCAAAGGUAAGUGAUUAAAUGCGAUUAUAAAUCACUUCGUUUAAGUAUCAUAGUAUUAAGCACCUCUGCGCUGGUUGGGGCACAAUACAUUGAGAAAAGGAGUAUUAAGGUAUUAAGGUAUUUAGACUACUGGGGGCUCUAACUAUUUGACCUCAUUCACACACCCUGACUUAUAAGUGAUAA